CUAAAUCCCAUCAUCCAAUUCCCAAUUAUAAUCGCCCAAACGAAUACCGCGCCGCUCGCCACAUAAUAUUAGUUUUAAUUUCAGGGGAAAAAAAAAACCCUCUUCAGUUGACAUCGCUCAGGUCUCACCACUAUGUAUCGUAUAUUCAUCCCAUCACUCGUUCAUUUUCCUUGACAAACACAAAAAUUAGAGGGGGAGAGAGAGCGCCGAAAAAUGAUAAUACUAUGAUGAACUCAAUGCAGUGUCAAACAUCAAAAUAGAUUCUUUCUUCUUCUUCUUCUUCUCUUUCUCUGUUCUUUAUAAUAGAAACAGCAAUUUAGGGUUUGUUUGUUCUUUUUUCGGCGGAGGAGAGGCGAAGAAAUGCCGUUGACUAGGUACCAGAUUAGGAACGAGUUCAGCUUGGCCGAUCCGGAGCUAUAUAGAGCUGCCGACAAGGAUGAUCCCGAGGCUUUACUUGAAGGCGUAGCCAUGUCUGGCCUUGUUGGUGUUUUACGCCAGCUCGGUGACCUCGCCGAGUUUGCUGCCGAGAUAUUCCACAACUUGCAUGAGGAGGUAAUGGUAACUGCUGCGAGAGGCCAUGCUCUAAUGGGCCGAGUUAAACAACUUGAAGCAGAAUUCCCUUCCAUCGAGAAGGCAUUUUUAUCACAAACCAAUCAUUCAUUUUUCUUUACUAAUGCAGGUGUUGACUGGCAUCCUAAUCUGCGAACUGAACAUAAUCUGAUCACUCGUGGAGACUUACCUCGCUGUGUGCUGGAUUCUUAUGAGGAAUGUAGGGGUCCACCACGUUUGUUUCUUUUGGACAAAUUUGAUGUUGCAGGUGCUGGGGCGUGUUUAAAGCGUUACACCGAUCCAUCAUUCUUUAAAGCAGAACCAGAUUUCCCUGGAAUUGCACCAUUAGAAGUUCAGAGAGAAAAGAAAGCGCGUAAAGUGAAGAAGAAAGGAUCACGCUGGAGGAAUGGAGAGACUCCAGAUUUUGCACAAGCAUCACAUGCGAAAUUGCAUGAGCUGUUUUUGGAGGAGCGUAUUGAGAAUGCUUACAAUGACCCUGCCCGUCUUGUAAAACUGAAAAGAAGGCAAUUGAAUGAAUCUCCACUUGACUCAAAAUCGGGGAAAAGUUACAUGGAGAAAUUCCUGGAGACUCCACCAGCACAAACUAAAGCAGUUUAUGAGAUCUCUGGUACUCCACCUCUGAGGUUGACAUUGGAUAAUUCUAGUGAUUCGGGGCCCGAAACACUUGAUAUUAGCACAGUGAGUCCUGUAAAAGUUUCUUCACAAGGAAAGGAAACCACAAGUUCUUUAUCUACUGUACAUGAAAUUGUCCUGAAACCAUCCAUUGAAGAGUUGAAUGGAGAAGUCAUUGAUAGAGAGAUUAUGAAGGGGCCUGAACCAACAGUUAAUUUCAAAGUUAGAAUCCCCCCUUCCCUUCUUGAAGUAACAACUGAAGAGGAGAUAAUGUUAAAUGGAGAAGGCAUAGAAGAAUGCAAUAUAUAUGGGGACCAUUCCGAUGACAUGACCAGUGAGGCUGACAAGUACAUCGAUGCACUUACUACAAUGGAGUCUGAAAGGGAUACAGACAAUGACUAUAGACCUGAGAAUGAUAUUGGCUUCAUGGAUAUUGGGACAUAUCAAACAGGUUCUCAUGCAAACGAGGAAAAGCUUGGGGUCCAAGGCCAUUCAUCAGAUUCUCAAUCGGAUAGGAUCUCCUUUGUGUCUGAUGAUGGAAAUAGCUCUAUGAAGAAAGGAAGAUCUAGUUCUACCUACUCUGAUACUAUCGACAGUCUGGCUAAAGAUAUGCUGUCAGAUGGUGAAUUAGCAGUUGAAGUGCUCUCUUCUGAUAGAAACUGUGUUGCUGAGAUUGUUGAGGCACCUCGCAUCCAGCUUCCUACAUGUUCGGAGAUGCAAUGUCCCAGUUCUGAUCAGGUUUUGUUACCAAAAGAGACCUUUUCUGGUGAACUUUGCCUUCCUGGUCUUGGAGAGGCGUCUUAUAGUUCAUGUCUGGAAGAUUUGAAUUCUACGCAUAUUUUGUUGGAUGAAGUAAGUUCAGUGGCAAAUCCUUUGCUGGAGCCACAGCCUGAGGAAGUGCCCUCUGACAUUAAAACUAAUUCUAAUUUGGCAGACAAUGAUGGUAGAAAAUGUUUGGAUGAUUCUUCAGAAGUCAUUUUCACUGAUUCUUCUGAGAAACAGGUUUCUUUGAUAACUCUUUCUACUGAAAGUCAGCUGGUAGAUGAGUUGGACAGAGUAGACACAACUGUCUCUUCUGAUGCUUUGCCACAUUUAUUGAACCUAUUACAGGUUAAUCCUGAAGAGAGAAGUGGCAAUGAUCAUUUAGAUGAAGUUCUUAAAACAGAUUUUGCUGGAGAAAUUUGUGCUGAAAAUUCAGUCUACCAAACAAUUGGCUCACCAACAGAGGAGCAGCACCUUUGUUCAACCUUGGCAGAUGGAGAAAGAAGUUCAAACAGUAUCCUAUCACCUGAAUAUUUGCUUGUUAUGAAGCCCAUCAACUCAGCUUCUGAGGUCAGUGAUGCUACUGUAGAAGCGGAUCUCAAAUUGGAGCAAAUAACUCCUAUGGUGGAUACUUCACACAUUUGUGCCAUUAAUGAACAGAAAUUUUCAGACAUAUUACAUGAUGAUCCAAAACUUGAGGCUGACCUAAUGGAGAUAGGAGCUUCAUAUUCUGAGCAGCAACAAAAUGUUGAUGAACUUUUUGAUGCUACGGGGGGAGAAGAAACUAGGGAAUUUAUCUGCAGUGCAAAUGUGGUGGAAGAAGAUGCUAUCCCUUGUGAUCUACUAUAUGAUUACACUGAUCCUUUGAACCUCAAGGAUCAUGUGGAUUUUGAUGAUCUGGCAACUGAACAUGUUCAUGCUGAAAGUAUUGCAGUACCAGCCGCUGCUGAUGGUUCUGCAGACUUUGGUGAUGGAGAUACAUGUCAAGAAGGAUUGGAAUCUAAUGAGGUUGUUUCUCAAGAAUGUCUUACAGAGUUAGAGGCUCAAGAAGAAACAAAUCAAGUGGUAGGUACUCCAUCGGACAUAGAUUCCACUUCAUGCAAAUCAGUCUCAUAUGGCAAUUUCAAUUUAGAAGAUGAUAUCCACUAUUCAUCUCUGGCUCAACCAUCCAAAGAUAGUUUAAAUUUCGUUGAUUUAACCACUACACCAGCUUCUUCAGAAUUCAGUGAUAAAGAGUCAGAGCCGAAAUAUUUGAGUAAUCCAAUGGAAAGUAGGGAAGACAUGGUGUCUUCACAUACCCAUCACCAAUUAGAAAAACAAAGUUCUUCAGAACCGUCAUUAGAACCGUCUUCACAUAUCCAUACUUAUCAACAUGAUGUGGAAAGGCUGCACAUGGUUGAAGAUAGUUCAAAACGGAUGCGAUCUUUGGAUCACAUAGAUCAGGAACAAUGCUUGCAAACUUCUUUUGAGCCUUCCAAAGAUGUGUAUUCAAGCGAACCUUUGUCAGAUUUUUCAGAACAAUCAGGUAAGCAGGAUGAACAAGAAAGUAGUCAAUAUGAUCUUGUUCAUCCUGCCUUUGGCCUGCAACCUGAGGCAACUAAAGCUAUCAUGGAGGAAAUGCCACCAUUGCCACCUCUUCCUCCAAUGCAGUGGAGGAUAGGGAGAGUUCAACAUGUUUCUACGGCUCCUCAAAGGGAAUUGGUAGAACAUGGUCAGCGGUCAUUCCCAAUGAUGCCACAAUAUGGAACUGGUGAGAAAACUCAAAUUGAUUUACCAACAUUGGAGCAGGGUUUUGAACAAUCCAGAAACCCAUUUUUACCCCUUGUGGAUGGUGAAGAGAGGUCUGUUAAUGUGUCUGAUCAAUUGGCAGCUGAUUACAUGCAACCAAGUCCUUUCUCUAUGCAUCCGGCAACUAUGGAUAGCAACAGUAAUAGCCAAUACAGUGGUAUCUGUUCCGAUAGAGCACACUCAAAUCCAUUCUUAACAUUACCCACAACAUCUAAUGAAAACAUUGAAUAUGGUUCCCUUGUUAUUGAGGGUGAAAGGGUAGAAUCCAGUUUCUCAUUGCCCAUGCCACCUACUGAUGCAACCUGUGGACAUAUCCCUGUAUCUUUGCCUGAGAAAGAAGCAAACUGUCCUAGCCAGUUUGUACUGGAUACAAGUUCAGAAGGUAGGACAUUUCAGGAUCCUAAACAAAAUUUUGAUCAAGAACAUGGGAAUCCUCCUGAUGUAUCUGUGCCCAUACCAACUAAGAAAGAGGAGCAGGUUCCAACCAAGGUAGCAGAGGAUCUUCCUACCAAAGUAGAGGAGCAGUUUCCAACCAAGGUAGAUGAGCAUCCUCAGCAUGGUUUGGAAGCUUCUGAGGGAGAAAAGGUGCAGAUAUCAAAUGCCAUCGUUCAACAUGGCUUGGCAGCCACAGAUGGAGAAACUUCACAGUUAACAAAUACAACUCUAGAGCAUGAUUUGCCAACUUCAGAGGGAGAGGCAACAUGUCCAUCAAAUACGCUUGGUUUAAUACAAGUUUCUGAAGAAGGCAACUCAAAUGGGAAUCCACCUGUUAAACUUCCUCGACCUCGCAAUCCUCUCAUUGAUGCUGUUGCUGCUCAUGACAAAAGCAAGAUGAGAAAGGCGACCGAGCGGAUUCGACCUACAACCAUUCCUAAGGUAGAUGAGAGAGAUUCAUUGCUGGAACAGAUACGAACCAAGUCAUUCAACUUGAAGCCUGCAGCGAUGACCAGACCUAGUGUUCAGGGUCCUAAAACCAACAUAAGGGUUGCAGCAAUCUUGGAGAAAGCAAAUGCAAUUCGCCAGGCAUUGGCUGGAAGUGAUGAUGAUGAUGAUGAUGAAGAUGGUUGGAGUGAUUCUUGAAAGGACUUACAUGGUGACAGACUCUUAGAGGUUACUUGGUUAAAAUGUUUAAUCAAAUAGUAAAUUUUCCAUCACAGUGAAUACGAAAUAUGUUUGGUAUGGUGACUGGUGUAUUCUUUGCCUCAAAAUUGUCAUUCUGUUGGUGUAUAAUAUUCUGCUCAUUCCCAUGUAUCUCACACAAUGAAGACUUUUAGUCACUGGCACCAGGCCCUGCUAUAUAUAUAUAAUGCUUAUACAAGUAAGAGUUUCAACAUUCAUGGCUGAGCCUGUAGAAGUAUUGGCUGCGCCUAAUGAAAUUCUGUUUCUUUUUAUUAUUCUUACCAAUAUUUUCUGAAUAAAUAUGUUGAAGAAAGAUGUAAA